AUGUUAGGCGCAGCAUCCCGGCGCGCUGUCGCCAUUCCAAGGACCCUUGCACAUCGCCAUCAUCAACAUGCAUUCUCAUCCUCGUCAUUCUCGACACGCACAAUACCCUCCAUCCUCCGUUCACGGCCGACCGGUGCUGCUCCUACAUCUCUCCUACGAACCGUCCAAGCCACCACCAUCCAGACUCGUCCCCUCUCCUUCGCGCAGAAGAUGAAGCGCGGUUACCAGGAAGCCUCCCGUGGCAUUUGGCGCAAUAACCCCAUUCUCCUUCCCCUCGCACUCCUCUCCGUCGCCACCGCAACCGCAAUCUUUAGCUACAUCGCCUACAAGGAAGCCACAGAAGUCGGCCCGCAAUACCACAAGUUCCCGCCACCGGUUGCAGAACGUCUCCGUACGGCAAUUUACUAUACCGACGUGAAGCUGAAUCCCGUCAAAGCUAUCGACGCAUACAGCGAGGCAAUUAAGUUAGCAGCGGAACUGCAAAUGCACCCUUACUCGGACGAAGUGAUGGGAAUCAGGUUGCAGGUAACCAAGUGUCUAGAGAUGGCGGGGCUAGUGCCAGCUGCUAUCCAAGUCUUGGAGAAGACACGAGCAGAUGCAUAUCACUGGGUGAAGACGAAUAUGGAAACAGAGGCAUUCAAAAGGGGGGAAAGCGAUUAUUUCUUUGCCCGCGGGCCCUCCACAGAGAAAGGCGAAUUGGCCGCUGAGCCAAUGAAGGUCGACCCCGCCAUUGCAGAGUCAUACGAGAAGAUGAAGCAGGCGGAGAUCUAUGAGUAUGAACAAGUAGAGAAGACUCUCGCCAAGGUUGUGGGUAUGUCCGUAAAGCUCGCGGAACUAUAUAAGAGUGAUUAUGUCCAGGAUGACAAAAAGGCCGAAGAGGCGCUCGAAUUUGCCGUUCAACUAUCCCUCGGCGAAGUGCAACGUCGACACCAAGCCAAGGUCCCCAUCGGCGGUGGCAACUGGUUGACUCUAACGGAAAUCGGAACCGCUCUAUCCGAGUUGGGCCAACACUAUGCCUCCAAGGGGAAGUUGGACCUUUCUUUGCCGUUGUAUCUGCGCGCCUUUGACCUCAUCAAUGCCAAUGAAGGCGGGGUUCCAUCAUGCAAACAGGUCACCCUCAUGUACAACAUCAGUGGCUGUAUCGGCUACCCAGCUCUAGACGGUGUCGCACCAUCGUCGGACCCUGGUGUUUCGCGUGCUGAGGCUAUCGAGGCCGCACGCAAGUGGGCUCAGGGCGCGAUUGAGAGGGCUGAGAAGGUCGAACCUUCCGAAGAUUCUGCGGAGUGCGAUCACAGCUGUGCGUCGGCUAAGGUUAUGCUGGGACAGUUGGCAGUGUUCCAUAAUAAACCAGAGGAGGCACUGAAGUAUUAUUAUGAGGCCAAGGAUCUUUACAACCGCCUAGAACUUAGUUCUGAUGCGGAGGAUGUCUCAAGGCUUAUUAAGGAUCUCGAAAAGAAGAAGAAAUGA